CAUGUCAAGAGAUGAGUGAUAUUAAGGAACUGUAACUGAACUGAAGACUCAGGAACAACUGGACCCUAGCUUGGGUGUUGAGCCCUGAUUUGUGAAGGAACAGCUGCAAAACUGCAAGUCCCAGGAUGCUUUUCACUAACGAGCACAGUGCACAGGUGUCUGUAAAGUUCACACAUGCUCAGUGUGGUGGUUGGAGCCUUUUUCCAUAGGCUCCUGACUAGGUUAAAUAAGGUGGAGCAAAUGGCCCCACCCCAAAACCAGUCUUUAGGGUUCAGGGUUUGAGCCAAGCCCCAGGGUGGAGCCAGAAUUUACCUUUGUACUUCAUGCGGGUCAGGGUUGGUGGUAACUGGCUGGGUGGGUCUAGAACUGGCUGCCAUCCUGACACGUCUCAGAGCUGCAAGCAGGUCCUGCCAGUCAGCCACCAUGGCCUCUCAGCUUCUUGGGCUGGCAGAAGAGUCUGGCCCAAGCCCUGGGGAGUCUGAACUGGCUGUGAACCCCUUUGAUGGGCUCCCCUUCUCUUCCCGCUACUACGAGCUGCUUGAGCAGCGCCGAGCCUUGCCCAUCUGGGCUGCUCGCUUUAUCUUCUUGGAGCAAUUGGACAGUAGCCCCAGUGGAGUGGUGCUGGUGUCUGGAGAGCCUGGCUCUGGCAAGAGCACCCAGAUCCCUCAGUGGUGUGCAGAGUUUGCACUGGCCAGGGGGUUCCAGAAGGGCCGGGUAACUGUCACUCAGCCCUACCCUCUGGCAGCCGUGAGCCUGGCCCUGCGGGUUGCUGAUGAGAUGGACCUGACCCUGGGUCAUGAGGUUGGAUACAGCAUCCCCCAGGAGGACUGCACUGGGCCCGACACCCUGCUCAGGUUUUGCUGGGACAGGCUGCUUCUGCAGGAGGUGGCCUCGACCCGGGGCACUGGAGCCUGGGAUGUGCUGGUGCUGGAUGAGGCUCAGGAGCGGUCAGUGGCCUCAGAUUUGCUCCAGGGGCUGCUGCGAGAUGCCAAGCUGGGAAACCUUCCAGGGGACCCCAGAGUGGUUGUGGUUACUGACCCAGCCCUUGAACCUAAGCUCCAAGCCUUCUGGGGCAAUACUCCUACUGUACAUGUACCCAGAGGGCCUGGCGAGUGUCCCACUCCUGUCUACAGGGACUCUGUCCCCACUGACCGAGUAGAAGCUGCCUGCCAAGCUGUGCUUGAAUUGUGUCAGCAGGAGGCUCCAGGAGAUGUGCUUGUGUACCUGCCCAGUGAGGAGGAAAUUUCCCUGUGCUGUGAAUCCUUGUCCAGGGAGGAGGGGCCCUUGGCUCUCCAAGGGCCUCCACCAUGGGUGCUGCCCCUUCACCCAGGCCAUGGUCAAGGCGUUCAGGCUGUGUACAAGGACAUUGAUUCAGGUGCCCGAAAGGUCGUGGUCACUCACUGGCUGGCGGACUUCUCCUUCUCCCUCCCUUCCAUCCGACAUGUCAUUGACUCAGGACUGGAGCUUCAAAGUGUUUACAAUCCUCAGAUCCGAGCAGAAUCCCAAGUGUUGAGGCCAAUCAGCAGGUGUCAGGCAGAGGCAAGACGACUGCGGGCAAGAGGGGCCACACCAGGGUCCUGCCUCUGCCUGUAUCCUAAGUCUUUCCUAGAGCUAGAGGCUCCCCUACUGCCUCAACCCAGGGUGUGUGAGGAGAAUCUGAGCCCCCUGCUAUUACCACUAAAGAGGAGACAGAUUGCAGCGCCAGGGGAGUGUCACUUCCUGGACCGGCCUGCUCCAGAAGCACUGAUGCAGGCCCUGGAAGACCUAGACUAUCUGGCAGCCCUGGAUGAUGAUGGGGACCUGUCAGACCUGGGAGUCAUCCUGUCAGAGUUCCCCCUGAGCCCUGAGCUGGCCAAAGCCCUGCUGGCCUCGUGCGAGUUUGACUGUGUGGACGAGAUGCUCACCCUCGCCGCCAUGCUCACGGCUGCCCCUGGGUUUACCCAUCCUCCACUCUGUGCAGAAGAAGCUGCCUUGCGUCGGGCCCUGGAACACGCAGAUGGUGAUCACAGCUCUCUGAUCCAGGUGUAUGAAGCCUUUAUACAGAGUGGAGCAGACAAGGCUUGGUGCCAGGCUCGGGGUCUAAACUGGGCAGCAUUGUGCCAAGCCCGUAAACUUCGAGGAGAACUCCUAGAACUCAUGCAACAAAUUGAACUUCCCUUGUCCCAACCAGCGUUUGGCUCUGAGCAGAAUCGCAGAGACCUUCAGAAAGCACUGGUGUCAGGAUACUUCCUUAAGGUGGCCCGAGACACAGAUGGGACUGGAAAUUACCUGCUCCUAACCCAUAAACAUGUGGCCCAGCUCUCCCCAUAUUGCUGCUACCGAAGCCGCCGGGCUCCAGCCAGACCCCCACCAUGGGUGCUUUACCACAGUUUCUCCAUUUCCAAAGACAACUGCCUUUCCAUUGUUUCUGAGAUUCAGCCACAGAUGCUGGUGGAAUUGGCCCCUCCAUACUUCCUGAGUAACUUGCCCCCAAGUGAAAGCAGAGACCUCCUGAACCAGCUGAGGGAAGAAAUGGCAGAUUCUUCAACAGGGAGUGAAUCCUCCUCCACCCAAGAGCUUGGAGAUGCCUGUGUCCUGCAGUGACCUGCCUAAGGAAUGGAGCUGAGCCCAUCUCAUCACAUUAGAUCCUCCCCCAGGCUAGCCAAGACAGCCAGCCAGAUUUAGAAGCCCAAAGUUUAGGGUCAGAUGUAAAUCCUGGAAUCUGAGUCUCAAGAAAUGAUGGGCUGGGAGUGGAAGGAAUCGGGUAAGCCAUAGUCCACAUAGGGUAGGACCCUUUCUUUGGCUUUUUUCUAUUUAUUGGAGAGGCACUGACAUACCCCUAAGUUAUGCCAAACCCAUCCUUGUGCUCCCCUUUGGUCUAUAAAAGUUCUUUUUCUAUGGUGCCAAA